GUGUGAGUGCCUGCAGGGGUUUGUAAACAGACACUUCUCAGCUGCUCUUGGCUGUUCUGUAUCUUGUGAUGCACAAAAAAUUGGACAGGAUUGAAAUGGAUGAGAAGCCGAAGAAAUACUGCAUUCGUGGAAUGCAUGUUGGAAUCAUUGCUGCAGUUAUAGUUGUAGUGGGGGUAUCAGUUGGGCUGGGUGUAGGUCUGACUCGUCCAAAACCCUGUGCAAGUAAUGUGGAUCCCACAACCUCUAGCACCUCUGCUGCUGCCACUACUGCCAUUACUGCCAAGCCAGUGACUGAGUCUUGUCCUCCCAGUAAUGAUAACAGUGGGGGCUGGGGCGCCUUCAGACUACCGGAUCACAUUAUUCCCCAGCACUAUGACCUGGAGCUGCAGCCUUUCCUGGAUCAAGAUACUUACAAUGGGACGGUGACCGUCACACUGAAGCUGACCAAACCAGACACCAGUCAUCUGUGGCUGCACAUCAGGGAAACAAAGAUCAUAGGGCAGCCCAGACUUACAAAAGGCUCAGACCAGGCGAUCCACGUCCACGGGUGUUUCCACUACUUGCCUAAUGAGUAUGUGGUGGUGCAGUCCCACAAUGUGCUUCAGGCAAAUAACCCAGACGACCCCAAUGACACCUACCGUCUGACCCUGCAGUUCUCUGGAAGACUGAAUGGAUCCUUAGUUGGAUUUUACAGAACAACAUAUGAAGAUAACGGUGUGACCAGGAGCAUUGCUGCAACUGAUCAUGAACCAACAGAUGCUCGGAAAUCAUUUCCGUGUUUUGAUGAACCCAACAAAAAGGCAACUUAUACCAUAACUAUUAUUCAUCAGAAUGAAUAUCAAGCAAUUUCCAAUAUGCCAAUUGAGGAAUCUGUUGAUCUGGGAAAUAAUUGGAAGAAGACUCGCUUUCAGAAGUCCGUCCCUAUGAGUACUUAUUUAGUGGCUUUCGCAGUUCAUCAGUUCACAGCUAGAACUGUGCACUCAAAAUAUGGGAUUCCUCUAACAGUUUAUGUACAGCCAGCACAACAAGAAACCGCAGAUUAUGCAGUUGGGGUUACUAAAAUUAUAUUUGAUUACUUUGAAGAAUAUUUCAAUGUGAAUUAUUCUCUGCCAAAGUUGGAUCAAAUUGCAAUUCCUGAUUUUGGCACUGGAGCUAUGGAGAACUGGGGACUUAUAACUUACAGAGAAACCAAUCUGCUGUAUGAUAUUAAUGAAUCUGCUACAGUAAAUAAGCAAAGAGUUGCAUCUGUAGUUGCCCAUGAACUUGUACACCAGUGGUUUGGCAACAUUGUGACUAUGGACUGGUGGGACGACUUGUGGCUAAAUGAAGGCUUUGCUAGCUUCUUUGAAUACUUAGGAGUAAAUGAGGCAGAAGCUGAUUGGAAUAUGCUUGACCAGAUUAUAAUUGAUGAUCUGUUGCCUGUAAUGCGGGAUGAUGCUUUACUUUCCUCCCAUCCAAUUAUUGUUAGUGUUUCAACCCCUGCAGAAAUCACAUCUGUGUUUGAUGCCAUAUCUUACAAUAAGGGAGCAUCCCUUUUAAGAAUGCUUGAGCACUGGAUUACUCCUGAGAAAUUUCAGAUCGGAUGUCAGAACUACCUCAGGAAAUACCAGUUCAAAAAUGCAAAAACAGAUGACUUUUGGGCUUCUCUAGCCCAGGCAAGUGGUAAACCAGUUAAAGAAGUUAUGGACACCUGGCUUAGACAGAUGGGAUUCCCAGUACUGAAUGUGGAAUCACAUAAUACUGUAAAACAGGAAAGAUUUCUUUUGGACCCAAAGGCAAAUGCGCAAGAACCACCUUCAGAAUUUAACUACAAAUGGAAUAUACCAGUGACUUUCUAUGAAACUGGUGAUAGAGUAUCCCACUUAAGUGUGUACAACGUGUCUGAGUCAGCAGGAAUUACAUUGACACCAUAUAACAACAAUGGAUUCCUAAAAAUCAACGAGAAACACAUUGGAUUUUUCAGAGUUAAUUAUGAACUUUCAACAUGGGAUAACCUGUCCAAGUUGCUGAUAUCAAACCAUACGAUAUUUACUCCUGGUGACCGAGCGGGAAUACUUGAUGAUGUAUUUGCCUUGGCAAGUGCUGAGAUACUGAGCUACAACAUCACCCUCGACAUGACACAAUAUUUGGACGAAGAGGAAGAUUAUUUGCCAUGGAAUAGAGUGUCUGCAUCUUUGGCUUACUUAAUUGAUAUGCUGGAAAAUGAUGACACCAUUUAUCCAAAAUUCCAGGAAUAUUUUCGCAAAAAAGUCAAGCCAAUUUCUGACAAGCUAGGAUGGGAAGACACUGGCACUGAUAUUGAAAAACUUCUACGUACGGUGGUCCUGCAAAUAUCCUGCAGAAUGGGAGAUCAGGAAGCUUUAGGUAACGCAACGGAAAAGUUUCAGCAAUGGACAAGCGGAAAUUUAAAAAGCAUUCCAGUGAAUCUGAGACAGCUGGUGUAUCGGUAUGGAAUGAAGCAAUCUGGUGAAGAGAAAGCGUGGGACUUCAUGUUUCAGAAAUAUCUAGAAACUCCAUUAGCCCAAGAGAAAGAAAAACUUCUGCAAGGCAUGGCUGCAGUGGAAAACAUUCCAAUUAUAGACAAGUAUCUCAAAUACCUUUACAACACAAGCCUCAUCAAAAGCCAAGAUGCCCUGAAUGUGAUCUAUUAUAUAUCUACAUACAGCAAGUAUGGAAAACAGAUGGCUUGGGACUGGGUACGGAUUAAUUGGGAUUAUUUAGUAAACAGAUAUACUUUAACUGACAGAAAUCUUGGUCGAAUUGUAUUAAGAAUUUCAACAAAAUUUAAUACGCCUACUGAACGAUGGCAGAUGGAAAAUUUCUUUGAGAGAUACCCAGAAGCUGGUGCAGGAGCUACCCCAAGAAAACAAGCACUUGAAACUGUGAACAAUAAUAUUGAAUGGGCUAGAAAAAACAUAGCAGUAAUACAAGCUUGGCUGGAAGACAAUAAAUAGUUUUACUGUAAAGAAAUCCACAACAAGGGAAAACAACAUGCAAUGAUUGCUGGGAACAACAUAAAUGAAAUAAAGUAAAUAAAAACAGUGUAAA